GUUAAUAUUUCCGUCAGUUUAAGCUGUUAGUUAAGUGUGACGUUAGGUUGAAGCCACCGGUUGCAGUCGGCUGUGUGUUUCCUACCCGUGGUCUGGGGAAGUCAAGUCUCGUCUCAAACCGGCCCCCCUGACGGCCCCACCCCUCGCGGCAGCCGACUCUCUUACACACCAUGGAGUACACGUCCCCAGGGUCAAGACGGACCGCUUAUCGAAUACUUUCCCUCUUCUCUGCCUUUCUUCAAGCUCAGGUGGUUGUGCGCGGGUCGGCGAACGAGACGUCCGUCUUUAAGGCCAACCCAGCUUUUAAUGUUGUUCCUGUCGACAUAAGCGCCAGCGCCGGAAGUUCCGCGACGUUUGAGUGUCUCGCGACUGGUGAACCUGAGCCUACAGUCACGUGGUCUCGAGAAAAGGACGAGCAAUCUCUGGAAAACAACAAUCGGUUCAUCAUAAGGAAUGGUAGUUUGACAAUCGAUCCCGUGCAAGCAGUGGAUGGAGGAAUUUUCCACUGUACUGCCAACAACAGCGAGGGAACUGUGACGGCCGUUGCCAGGCUCACCGUCAGUGUUAAACCGGCAUUUCUGGUAUCGCCGAAGGAUGUGGAGGUAGAACCAGGAGAGAAAGUUACUCUGCCGUGCCUUGUCACCGGCUCUCCCGCUCCCACUGUCUUCUGGAGUCGCGGCACGGGAAAGCACUUGUUGUUUCCUUCACAAGACCGUGACCGAUUCUAUGUCGAUAAAAACGGUACACUGACUAUCGACAGUGUCGAGGUGAAAGAUGCUGGGCAAUAUCAAUGUCAGGGGUUAAAUUUCUUGGGAAGUGUCCUCAUCUCUGUCAACAUUACUGUCAAGGCCCCAAUUCCGCCCUCCAUUGACACUCCGCCACAGGACAUUAACCAGACUGUCGGUAGUACAGCUCUGAUGGCGUGUAACGCUUCCAGUAGACCUCAGCCAAUCGUACGCUGGUACCUCGACGGCACGCCAAUAGUGUCUGAAGAGCGAGUCAAAGUUUUCAGCUCCGGCUCAUUACAGAUUACAGAUCUCAGAAUUUUAGAUGCCGGAGUAUACACCUGUAAAGCUUCGAAUAUUGCAGGGGAGGUAACUCACAGCGCCAUUCUAAUAGUGAAAGUGAAAUCCUGUCCAUGCAUACAAACUCCAAGCUAUGGGGAGGUAACUGCGUAUGGAAAUAAACCCGGGGAUGUGGCUCGGUUUGUUUGUGAUCAGGGAUACAGUUUGGUUGGUCCAGAUUACGUCCAUUGUAACAACGACGGCCAUUGGUCGGACUCACCGCCUGAGUGUAAAGACAGCGCUGGAACGGAUGGAGUGCCGUUCUCUGCAUGCGACAUCCGGGUCCCAGGCGACAACAUCCUCUUCUUCAUUAAUUAUGAGCAAUUGCCAGGCAACUCGUCAGCGCGUUAUCCCCAUGGUACCGAGUUGCAGGCCCGGUGUGUAGACAUUGGUAAAUUUAUAUUUCAUGGAAAGCACAACAUAGCUUGUGUUAAUGGAGAAUGGAGUGAUAAGAUUCCAUACUGUACGCCAAACCAACAAAAAACAGGCAACUCCACUCCAGUAGUUGAGAUUCGAGUUAAAAAAGGACAACAGCUUAUCACACCCAACGGGCGAUUGGCUGUUCGUCCUGGAGCCAAGGUGAUCCUCACGUGUCGCUAUAACAGCUCAUCUGAUGCGUUCUUGUACUGGGUGAACGAACACCGGAAGUCAUAUCCAAGUAGGGAAACAGCAGAUUCUGGGCUGGAAUUGAAAAUAGCGGAUAUCAGCCAAUCAGAUUCAGGGAAAUUCUCGUGUGUUAAUCUACAGCAAACCGGGAGGACAACCAUUGACAUAACGGUUGAAGACUGGACGUGUCCAGAAUCUGUGAUCACGUCUGAGAACCUAAUCUUACUGGAGGAGGACAAUAAGCUGGGCGGUCGUGCAGUGUUCAGGUGUGCUGAGGGCUACGCCAUGGAUGGAGCCAACGUAAGCACCUGUCGGAUUGGAGGCAACUGGUACCCACCUUCUCCUGUCUGCCAAGGUUCUGUUUGUCCCUGUCUGGAGGUUACUCCUAAUUUGGUGGCGAGGACAGCUCGCAAUGGCCGCUCAUACCACACGUAUUUCUCCUGUCUCCCUGGUUACCGUCUGGACGGACCCACGGACAUUUUCUGCAAGCCUAACGGAACAUGGAGUGAUCCGGUUCCAAAUUGUGUCGAGAUAGACUGUGGCCCACCACCUGGGUUCAAUGAGGGAAGACUAGUUGGCAAUAAAACCACCCUGGGAGGGAUAUUUUACUUUUGGUGUAACAGCGGUGUUGUCACUGACGGGUCCUCACGACAUACCCGUUGUCAGGCGGAUGGAAAAUGGUCCCAUAAACCACCUUCUUGUCUUGAAAUCCGAUGCAAUCAAACAGAGGUAGAUUGUUUCUCCUUGAAUUGUUCCGCGCACGCGCACUACAUGAUACCCCGUGAUGCAGACAGUCGCCAUUGGGGAUGUUGUGGAAGUGCUUUGUAUGACAUGCGCAAAAUGGUGUGUGAGAGGAAUUUCCGCCUGCAGCCGUGCUCUAAGGGUUUCCCCUGCGUUAAUGGCAACUGCGUACGGAAUGGAGUCGUCUGUGACGGAAAUAAUGACUGCUCGGAUGGCACAGAUGAGAAGGGGUGCUCCCCGUGUGACGGAUCCCAAUUCCGGUGUCGGGACGGACAGUGUGUGGACUUUGACUAUGUUUGUGAUCGUGAUAAGAACUGUGUCGACGGGUCAGACGAGGCUUGGUGCGCCCGGGGAUGGGCACCUCUGGGUGAGGCAGAGAUUGCGUGGUGUGGGCAAGACGAGUUCACCUGUCCAGGAGACCGCGCAUGUCUGCCGUUAAACAAGGUGUGUGAUGGACAUUAUGACUGUGAUGGUGGCUACGAUGAGGAGAGGUGUGGAAUUAUUCACUGUAACCCUCGGGUAGAGAGAUGCCGGACAGUGACGUGCCCUGAGGGUGAGCAAUCCUUUAUACCGGUCAGGACACGCUACGUGGAGUGGGGAUGCUGUCGGAGAGUCCUUUACAGCCGAAGGACUACAUUCUGCUCCUCACACGGUGUCUACCCAUGCCCAUUGGUGUCCUUCCGCUGCAGUAACGGGAACUGUAUCCCCCCGCGCUGGCAGUGUGACAGCGAGAAUGAUUGUUCGGACGGCUCGGACGAAGCAGGAUGUCACGGCUGCCCGGAAGAGGAAUACAACUGUGGAGAUCGCCAAUGUGUGCAUGUGAGCAGAGUGUGUGACAAGCGGAAGGACUGUUACAACGGUAUGGACGAAUGUAACUGCGCACGCUCGGACGGCCAAUGGUGUGGUGGGAAACAAUACCGCUGUUUUAAUGACAAGUGUAUCGCCAGAGAAAAGGUGUGCAAUCAUGACGAUGACUGCGGGGAUGGCUCAGAUGAAAUUAAGUGUGUUCCGGAGUGAUCGGAUAGACUGAGCACACUCAUGCAGCUAUAGAACCAGGCUGUUCUUGAUAAUCCAGGUCAUUUUACCGGAAUAUUCUCCAUGUAGCCCGAAAUAAAGGUUUUGUAAAUUCUCUUUUGUAAAACACAAUCUAGGGUAUGGGUAACAUGGCACGAUUUUCUAAGGCAUGAAUCACCACCUAAUAUGGAUGCAAGCAAUUCUGCCUAAGUGACAUUAAGCAAUUUUCAUCAGUCCCAGGCAAUCAGUUACUAUGGCAAGGCAUUUAGCAAACACACAUAUAAAGUAAUCUAAUCGGAUUACGAGUCCUCAUUAUACCAGAGGUAACAAGGUGCUAACUACCCACUUAUGGAUUUUAAGUGAACUUUACAUGUCUCCUCAUUUCCUCUUUCGAAAAGAAAAUAUGACUAGAUAAUGUUUUGUUGCGCACUGAACCUAGGUUCAGAAGUAAAUGAUAUAAUCAUUAGGAAAAUACUGAACACCGUUCAAAGGUUACCUGGGUAUAGAGUGAAGGUUUACACAACACCAGUGCGGAUUAUCGGUCUAAUCUGGGUCUGAAUCUUCUUAGUUAAGCGAUCGGGUAUUAACAAAUAGUGUUCAUAUAUUUUGUCUGGAUUUUGGAAAUUACAAGCUGAUAUAUUUUGUGAUAUUUAUUACUUGAUACUCACGUGAUCAAAAAGUACUUCAGGCAGAUCUGUGAGUUAGAUAUUCUAUGAUAUGGAAUGCAUUGCGUGGUCAGUUUGGUGUCAAUGACCAAAAAUUAAAACAUUAUUCUUUUUUCUGAAAACAUUAAUUUGUAGUUUUUAUUUGCAUUAGUGCAAAAAUGCUUAUGGCUAAAAAUUUUAUUCCACAUGAAAAAACGCAGUCAAGCAAAUAGAUAUGGUAUAUAUCUGCAUAUUGCCGCAUGUUCGAGUCAGGAGGUCUGUGAGUUAACUUGACUGCGACAUAGAUCAACAAUAAAUACAUGAACUGAAGAAAUCAGCGUAAGAUGUAGUUCGCCUACACUGCAGAAACAACGGUUCCUAAAAGGGGAUAAAUUCUAAUAAACUUAAAUUUUGUUAUUUAUGGUAUAAUUGCUCAGUGAAUCUGUUUGUAGUAUGAUUUUCUUGUCACAGCCAUGCAAUGUGCCUUUCUUCCCUUUUGUUAGUCUACAUCUAAACCACAUUUCGUUUAUACCUUCCUUUAAGCCGGUCUGGCAAUCUUCGUUUUUAAGUUUGUUCUCUUCACAAUUAUCGGAUGGCACGAUAAACACACAUGUGUCGCAAACUGCGUCUAGCGCAAUUUCUGUGAAAACACAAAUUAACAAGAUAUGUCA